AUGUCACCAACAACAUCGACAACAUCACCUGAAAACCUCCCUUCACUCUCUCAUACCGCUGCCACAUCUGUGUCCACCUCUAUGCCUGUAUCUCCCCGGACUGCUUCUCCAGGCUUGGUGGAGCAAGUGAAAGCUACUAAUGGAGAAGGUGACGGUCAAGAAGAGAAGGUAGAUAUGGAAGAAUUGGCACAGGAGAUCAAGGAAGAAGGGGAAUCCGAUCCUCAGGCUGCUGCACGAGCCUCUCGACUCUCUUUCUUACUAGAUAAAUCGACGAUCUACGCCAAAAUCAUCGGAGAGCGAAUGGAGCGUCAGCAAAUAGAGAAGCAAAAAGCAGAGCAGAGAGCUGAAACCAGAAAGGCAAAUAAAGAGAAGAAAGCCGAAGAAGGUCAAACCACCACAAGAGGCGGGACGAGGAGAGAAAAAGUCAAAGUUGAAGAGAAAAAUCAGGAGAAAGAAGUCAAUGGCAACAAGCGAAAAAGGAGAUCGGAAGGUGGAAGAGAUGGAAAGAGAUUGAAAGUUGAAGAAGAGGAGGAUAAAAAUAUGGAUGUAGAGGAUGAAACACCUCUCAAAGAAGAGAUAAACGGCAGUGGCGAAGCUGAAGUUGACGGAGCCGAUGCGAAUGACGACGAUAUUCAGUACUCCUUCAAACAACCUGAGUUAGUCACAGGAGCUAAGCUGAGAGAUUACCAAUUGGCCGGUGUUCAAUGGAUGAUCUCAUUGUACGAGAAUGGCCUCAAUGGUAUCUUAGCAGACGAGAUGGGUUUAGGCAAGACAUUACAAACAAUCUCCUUCUUGGCACACUUACGAUCAAAAGGUACCUGGGGACCAUUCCUCAUAGUCUGUCCAUUAUCAGUACUAAACAACUGGUGUAUGGAAUUCGAGAAAUUUGCACCAUCCGUCCCUGUACUGAUGUAUCACGGUACACCAGAGCAUCGAGCUGAUCUUCGUAGAACACGACUUACACCGCCCACGUCAGCUGGAGUAGGUGGAUUAAAAAAGGGUAAAGGUGCUAGAAAAUCGACUGGAUCAGCCAUUAAAUCAGGUCAAAACGACACUGCAACUUUCCCUAUUGUAAUCACCACUUUUGAAAUAUGUAUGAAAGACAAACAAUUCCUCAGUGGAUUGUUAUGGAAGUUCAUUGUCGUUGAUGAAGGUCAUAGAUUGAAGAACUUUGAUUGCAAACUUAUCCGAGAGCUUAAAUCCUAUACCAGUGCAAAUAGGAUGAUCUUGACCGGUACUCCUCUACAUAAUAAUCUGGCGGAACUGUGGUCGCUGCUGAACUUCAUCCUACCGGAUAUAUUCGAUGAUCUCGAUUCUUUCCAGCAAUGGUUCAACUUUGACGAGAUGAAUCAUGGUCACACCACCGAAGGUCUGCUCAAUAAAUCAUCUGUUGUAACGUCCCUACACGCCAUCUUGAAACCGUUCCUACUACGUCGUUUGAAAGUGGAUGUCGAAAAAGAAUUACCACCAAAGAAGGAGUAUCUCCUUUACGCUCCACUAACGCAACAGCAAAAAGAUAUAUAUCAGGCCAUCGCUUCUGGUUCAAUUAGACAAUUCCUGAUUGACAAAAAGUCUGGAGGCAAUGACGAAGCUGUACCUGAAGAAGAAGAGGUCGCCGAAGCAGAAUCGAGUGAACUUUCUACUGGAAGAGCAUCAAGGAAGAAAGACAGAGUCAACUAUAAGAUCGAAGAAAACGAUUCCAAGUUCAUUCGAGAUCUUGAGAACGGGGUCAAAGUGGAAGAACCUAGUGGUGUCAAAGAAAAGUCCGCUGCUGAGAUUGGUAGAGACUGGGCAAUGCAACAAGCUAGGAAAUCCGUCAACAAUAUGCGGCUACAAAAUAUCGUCAUGCAGUUGAGGAAGAUCUCUUCCCAUCCAUUCCUGUUCGACUGGCCGAUCGAUAAAAAAACAAAUGAAUAUGUAAUUGAUCAAGAAUUGGUGAAUGCAAGCGGUAAGAUGCUGUUACUGAAUCGACUACUCGAUGCUUUGUUCGAAAGGGGACACAAGGUGUUAUUAUUCUCGCAAUUCACGACCAUGUUGGACGUAGUCGAGGACUGGGCGACUCUUCACAAAGGAUUUAAAAUAUGUCGAAUUGACGGUUCGACAUCCCAAGAAUCUAGACGAGAGCAAAUGCACGAGUUCAACAACGCCGGCGACGAUCCCGAAGCUUGCAAAUUGUUCUUACUAUCAACAAGAGCUGGUGGAUUGGGUGUCAACCUCGUCGCUGCCGACACAGUUAUCUUCUUUGAUAACGACUGGAACCCUCAAAUGGAUCUCCAAGCUCAAGAUCGAGCUCAUCGAAUCGGUCAAACUCGACCCGUCCUCAUCUUCCGUCUCGUAUCUGCACAUACAAUCGAAACCAAGAUACUGGCCAAAGCAGGUUCCAAGCGAAAGCUCGAAGCUCUGGUUAUUUCUCAAGGCAAAUUUGGCAGAGUGGUGGAUGAGAACGGAAGAGUCUUAUUGGGCAAGAAGAGCAAAGCAGAAACCACUGCUGAGAUGGCUAAAGCUCUUCUGGAACUGGACGGUGAAGAGAUUGACGUUGUCAGUAAAGAUGAUAAGAUCAUUAGUGAUUCCGACUUGGACAUCCUACUGGAUCGAUCACCUGCUGCAUACGCCAGGCAAAAAGGAUGGUCUGCUGGAUUGGGCAAAGGUGGAGCUGAUCGUAAAGACCAAAUCAAGAAAGGAGAGAAAACAGCGUUCGAAGUGUUCGAAGCUGCCAAAGAUGAUGCCGGUGGUCUGGACAAAAUGUUUGGUGGUGAUGGUGAGGUUGAUGAGGAGUAG